AUGCCAAAGCCGCUCCAGAACGGUGACGACUACGACAGUGAUCCGGAGGUGCAAGCGGAGAAGGAAAUGGCCAAGAAAGAUCCAGUGGCCUACGCUAUCGACGCCAACUCGUUGACUUCGCAAAAGAAGGCUGCCAUCGCGAAGGACGAGGUCUCCACUACUCCGCCGAACGUGGUCGUCGCCGGAAACGGAGCACCAGGUGCUAUUGGCGUAACUCGCACCAAGUGUAAGCGAAUUCGCCUUUUUUGUCCGAAUUUCCUCACUAACCCAUCCCUGAAAAAAAUUCCAUGCAAAAUCUUUGUCUGGUCUAUUUGAAUAGAAGACGUUGAUCCUUUGCAGCGCAAGACGAUAUGGCGAAGAAGCAGAAGGCUGCGAACCAGAGCAAGGCUCUAAAGAAGCAGCGCUCGCGCGGUAUUUCCGGAUGCUCGUCUCGCAAGUACUCGGGCUACGUCGAUGAAAUGGACGACUACGACGCCGAAGACUACGACGAGUACGACCAAAACCAGGAAGUCUUCGACGAGGACGAUGAGGACAACUACAUCAAGAAGAAGUGA